UUUAAAUUAUUUAGUUUUUAUAUUAAAAAUUAAAAUAAAUUUAAAAUAACAUAUAAAAAUAAUUAUUAAUUUUAAAUUUAUUUUUAUUUUAUUCCUCUUUAUUUUUUAUUCGUGUUUUCUCUCAAAUUUUGAGGGCUCCAAACAUAACCUGAUAAAUAACAAAGAUAUUAUCUCGUGGCUAUUAAGACAAGCAAGUUGCCAACCCGCUUCUUUAAUUACCCAAAUUGGUGAGUGGCCCUGUUUUUGCCCCUUCGUCUGUGGAGACUCACCGAGUCACCGAUGGCAGAGUCAAACCUUCCGAUACUAGCACGACUAGGAGGAGCUCAUCAUGGUCCUUUGGUUUUCUCGUCUUGAUUCUUACUCCCGUUGCAGCGGCCAUCUUUCUCUACCAACUCGACUCCUUUGAUCCAGCUUCUCUGCCCACUCACGAGUUUUCACAGGAACCCAUGCCUGUGCCGAAGCUCAACCCUCGUAUGCUGCAAGGUUCUGAGAUGAUUGGGCAGGGGAAUCUGUUGGGCCCAGAGGACAUUGCCUAUGACGCCAACUCACACCUAAUCUACACAGGCUGUGCUGAUGGCUGGGUCAAGCGAGUCACCUUGAACGAGUCGGCUGCCAACUCGGUCGUCCAUAACUGGGCCUUCACCGGUGGAAGACCUCUCGGCGUCGCUCUCGGUCGAGUUGGCGAAGUUCUCGUCGCCGAUGCCGAAAAGGGUCUAUUGGAGAUAAGUGGAGAUGGUGUGAUGAAACUAUUGACCGAUGAGGCUGAAGGCCUAAAAUUCAAACAAACGAACGCUGUAGAUGUAGCUGUUGAUGGUAUGAUUUAUUUUACAGAUGCUUCCUAUAAAUACGGGUUGAUAGAGUUCAUAUGGGAGAUAUUGGAGGUUAGGCCCCAUGGUAGACUACUGAGCUUUGAUCCAUCGACUCAAGAGACUAUAGUGCUUUUACGUGAUCUUUACCUUGCUAAUGGUGUUGUCGUCUCACCUGAUCAGACUUCUGUGGUCUUCUGCGAAACUCUCAUGUAUGUUUCUCACUCACACGUUUUUAAAUUACCAUACUCGAAUUACUCUAUGAUAAUAUAAUCGCAGGAAAAGGUAUACAAAAUAUUAUAUACAAGGCAAGAGAAAGGGGUCCGUGUAAAAGUUCAUUGAUAAUUUGUCUGGCAUGCCUGACAACAUCUUAUAUGAUGGGAAGGUCAUUAUUGGAUUGCAUUGGCCAUGGUAAUUCAAUUUUCUCCUUAGUCUACAUCUCCCAGUAGGUCAUUCCUAUUGUAUGAUAACUUCAAAAUUAUUGGCCCACUUGAUAGGGGACUAAAGGUCUUUGGGACUUGGCACUCAAGUAUCCUUCAAUUCGAAAAGUUAUGGCAAUCUUGGAGAGGUACAUUGGAAGGCCACAUAUCGAGAAAAAUGGUGGGAUUUUGACAGUUGAUUUAGAAGGAAAACCGGUUGCCCACUAUUAUGAUCCUGAAUUGUCAAUGGUGUCAAGUGGGGUCAAGGUUGGCAAGUAUUUAUAUUGUGGUUCCUUUGUCAAACCGUACAUUAUCUGCCUUGAUCUUGAUCAACAUGCUGCCCGUACCAUCACAUAAGCAGGCAAACCUAGUUAUAAUUGCAAGGUGCACUAAUUUUUGCAACAAAGUACAAUGGAUCAUUCAAUACAUGCAACUGCCUAAAAAGCUUUAAUUUAAAUGAAGAUGAGGUGCAGUUGAUGGAAGAUACCAUUUAUGUGUUGGUUACAAGGGGGAAAGAUGACACUGCUUUGCCCACAUAAUCCUUGAGACAACUACCUAUA